AUGGAGCAUCAAGAUAUGGACGAAGAAGAACUGCCUCUCGUCCAAGAAGGUGAUGCGAUCCAAGAUGACGGUAAAAAGGAUGACCUUACGCCGACUCAGCCCGCGUCCCCAGAUACUCCGUUCAAGAAGUGGAUGGACAGUUUCCGAUUUCGAAAGCGCGGCGUCUCGACAAUCCAAGAACGCUAUGUGUUUGGGUGGCCGUCGCCUCCUAAGGGGUCUUCUCCACGAGGUUCUCCUUCCCGGCCUCCGAUUCCUUUUGACCAAAGCACGGAGAAGGGGUCUCCGCGCUCGUCAAUUCUGCACACUGUCAGAACAACGACGAUGAGCACGUCAACAAGCCAGGCUACGAGAUCCCGGGGCGCAACAACGAGCACGGCCAAUCAAAGCACUACGUCUGAUAUGCGGAACUCGGCAGACACUGAUCGGUCACAUCCGGUCUUCGUAGAUCAGGCGGCGGAGGAGCGAGCGGGCAAGCGACGAGAGGUGGUGAAAGAGCUGGUGAAGACAGAGGUGAAUUACGUCCAGGGACUAAAAGCUCUGGUCGGGGUGAGUGACGAGACAAGCUGCUAUGAAUCCCUUGUCUGGAUUCUCAUUCAGUUUGCGCAGGUUCUCUCCAUUUUCAACGCCCGGGGACAGAUCCAAGAAAAUAUCCAGCAGAUUUGUGGCAUCCACGAAGACUUCCUGUCCCAGCUGCGAAAAGUCUCGCCAUCGUCGGCCGAGCAUCUUUCGCAUGACUCUUCCGAUCUUGUUUCCAGGGGCAUGGACAAACCCACGGGUACAAUGACUUUGAAUGUACUGAGAAAUUUACAGAAUCUAUCGUUGAAACCCCGUGGCGCCAAGGCUGCUUACAAUCAGAAAGUGAAGGCACUCGUCUGCGACCCCUCUGAAUCUUUGGAGGUGGCUCGAGAGAUCGAAAGAUUGUCGGCCUCCUUUUCGACAUAUGAAAGAUUCUGCAGCAAUUACGAGCUGCUCAACCAAGAUAUAAACCUCUUGCGUCGCUCAGUUCCGGACUGGUCCACAUACGACCAGGGAAUUGAAGCCUUGUCGAAAUCUGUUGCAUCUACAGCCACUCGGAAGCAGGAAGAGAACAAGUCUAUGUCGAUGAAUGAUCUGAUGAUUAAGCCCAUCCAACGAAUAUGCAGAUACCCUCUCAUCCUCCAGGAGUUGAUGAAAACCACCCCUGUCAGCGACAGCCCGUCUGCCCACGAGGCCAUCGGCCAAAUCUUGGAAAACUUGCGAAUCCUCGUGGCCAGAAUAAACUCUGCAACAGGAAAUCCAGUCAAUGAAGACCGAAUCCAAAAGACUUUGCUCCUGCAGAGCAAGCUUCGCUUCUCCGAGCAUAACGCCUUUAGGGAUAUAUACAGAGACCUUGGGCCUAUGGCACUAUGCGGCGUGCUCUUUGUUACCUAUCAAACCCCGUCUCAGAUCACGGGGGAGUUCAUGGUGUGUGUAUUAUUCCAUUCACAUUUUCUCAUCGCCAGAGGACUUGGUGACUGUCAUCGUCUGGAAAUCGUUGCUUGUAUUUAUAUGGACGAUGCGAACAUGGAUGGCCUGCAAAAUGGACGGGGUAUGUCUUGCUACGGGUGCCCUUUUUCGUGGAAAGUAUUGUUCCAGGCGGAAGACGAGACGUAUGAGCUUGUGUUCAGCGCAGCCUCAGCUAUCGAGGAGAAACUCUGGAGGACGGAGAUUUUGAAAUGCUCUGCGGCAUUGGCAGAGAUGGUCAAGCCAGGGGGACCAUGGGAUCCUCGAAAGUAUUUUUAUAUGUCUUUGAAUCUUGUGGCGUUGGGUGUGAGCCAUACCCAGUAUACUGUGGCCUCUCUAACGCGCCGGACUUCCAUGGACUCCAUGGCGCUCUCGCGCAAGUCCCGGGCACCAAAUGUUAUCAUCCGAAAGACAAACUGCCCGCAUAGCUCUGAAACAACGAGUCCUGACUCGGAAAUGUUCCGGCCUGGGAAACCGGAGCCUGAGUGCGGACCGAUCAAUGUCAUCGCAAAACGGUCAGAUCGGAUCCGACUAGAGCGGGCAAUAUCUGAUAUCUACACUCGAGAUGUCUUGCCCAUGCCUGGAAUGGCUACCGGCCGGGGGAGAUCUGUUCAGCCGCAAAAGCCUGAGGCGCCGUCUGAUUCUCAUUCAGCGGCGUUGGUCCCUGAAUCGCGCUCUGUCGAGGAAUACAGCGAAGACAAACAGCUUAUCCCGACCCGCGAUAGCUCGGGGGACCAGCAUUCGAUGGAUCAAGACUGCGAGUCCCCAACCACCCCCAAUUCUGCGCACUUGGCCUUUCGACUCCGGCAGACCCCUGGGGAACCCGGCUCUGUCUCGACCCACCGCCGUGACAAGAAUCGAAGCCUGGAUAGCACCCCGGAUUCUCCCUCUCGAAAGAAAUGGGGCUCGCCGAUGACUCUUCUGAAUGCGCUCUCACCGAAAUCCCCGAAAUCGCCCAAGGCGCGAGGAAUGUAG